AUGCCCCUUUCGAGGAUCCUCAGGGCACAGCUAGGCUCAAGACGGAUGAGUGCCCGUCAUUUGUCCCAGCGAUCGACUGGCGCUCCGCGCGAGAGGCCAUUAUGGCUACAGACAGCCCUCGACGACACAUCGAGCCCACCCAGGCCUUUCGCCUGGACCUUGGAGAACCUGGAGGGCAAUGCGAUACCGAAGUCACCUAAGAACCAGCGGAUCCACAGUCGAAGCGACCAUGAGCGUCGCAUCUAUGUGUUAGGUGUGGGGAAUCUUGGGCGACUUUACGCGGCAUGUCUUGCGCAGCUUGACAACCCCCCUCCCAUCACGCUUGUCGUCCACCGACGUGGCCUCCUUGAGCACUGGGCCUCCAAUCCAGGGAUCGAGAUUACCCGGUAUGGAACGCCAGAGCGUGUGUCGAAUCUCGACAUAGAAUGGUGGACUACGGAAAAGCCGACCAUUGGUCCCGUGAGAGAAAUUGCCGACGGAGACCGGCUCGGCAAUCUGAUUGUCGCUACCAAGGCUUCAGAUGCCAUGCCGCAGCUUGAUUCCCUGCGUCGAUAUUUGGACAGUUCAUCUACCGUCCUUUUUGUCCAGAACGGUAUGAAUCGACUAUGGCCUCCGCAUGGCCCUGUUUACAAUGAACACCGAUAUCCGGGCAGUCAGCAUCCAAAUUGGUUGCAUGGAGUAACUAUGCACGGUGUCUAUUCUGAAGGAGCGUUCAAAAGCGUUCACGCUGCUCCGGCUGACAUAACGAUCGGUCCUGUGUGCUCGAGCAAGAAGCACCCAGAAAACGCCAGCUAUCUCACUGAGAUGAUCACCAAGGCACCACACCUUGCUGCUCGAGCGGUAUUACGACCCCAACUCUGGAUCCUCCAGUUGGAGAAAAUCGUCAUAAAUAUGAUUAUAAAUCCACUCAGUGCGAUCCUACGCGUCAAGAAUGGCGUUCUAUUUGCCGACGAGGACGGCGAGGUUGUCCAGGUGAUGGAUGCACUCCUGAACGAAACGAGCAAUGUGCUCCAGGCCCUAGUGCGACAUGAGAGCAGCACACAGAUCCUGCAGGGUGACGAGUCGUCUGAGAAGGCGUUGAUACAGCGUCUUUCUGCCACGAGGUUGCGCGAAAUGUUACAUCAGGUUGGAGAAAAAGUAAAGUACAACAAAAGCUCUAUGUUUCAAGACAUCGAAGCCGGCAAGCAGACAGAAAUCGGAGAAUUCAACGGCUGGUUGGUUGAAACAGCCGAAAUGCUAGACCAGGGCCUAGACGUGAGCAGUCACAAGAUCGUGAUUGAUCUAGUAGAACGAAAGGUGAAGCUCGAUAAGGCAGAGCUCGGCAGACGUGUGCUUCUGUGCCGUUGA